AUGGUAAACCAGACUGAAGGAUAUGUCUCAGAGCUAAUAACUCGCUCCACGACUGCUUGUCUGCUUUUCAUUUUUGUGCUCUCCACCUUUCUAGGGAACGCUCUGGUGUGCACCGCAGUGGUACGCUUCCGUCAUCUGCGCUCCAAAGUGGCGUACGUGUUUGUAGUGUCUUUGGCUGUCUCAGAUCUCUUAGUUGCCUCUCUUGUAAUGCCAUGGAAGGCAGCUGCUGAGAUUGUGGGUUUUUGGCCGUUCGGCAGUUUCUGUGAAGUAUGGAUAGCCUUUGACAUCAUGUGCUCCACUGCCUCCAUCCUUAACCUGUGCAUCAUAAGCGUGGAUCGUUACUGGGCUAUUGCUAUCCCGUUGAGCUACGAGCAGAAAAUGACAAGAAGAGUGGCAUUUGUCAUGAUUGGAGUGGCGUGGACGCUCUCCGUUCUGAUCUCGUUCAUUCCUGUGCAGCUGAGUUGGCAUAAGAGUCUCCGCCAUAAAGAAGACCUGGGAGAAAUGGCUGAAAAAUGCGAUGCCAGUUUAAACCGCACUUACGCCAUCACUUCAUCUCUAAUCAGCUUCUACAUCCCUGUCUCCAUAAUGAUUGUCACUUACACUCGCAUCUUCCUCAUAGCUCAAAGGCAGAUCCGAAGGAUAUCAAUGCAAGAGUGCACCAUUAAGCAUCUUCAGUCCUGCCAGAGCUGCAAUAAAGCACCUGAAGAGAAGUUAAAAAGCUCAUUUAAGAGGGAAACCAAAGUCCUGAAGACCUUGUCCAUGAUCAUGGGUGUGUUUGUCUGCUGUUGGCUCCCUUUCUUCAUUCUCAACUGCAUGGUGCCAUUUUGUGACCCUGGCCUACACAACGCCGGGCAGAUCCCAUGUGUCAACAAGACGACUUUUGAUGUGUUUGUAUGGUGUGGGUGGGCAAACUCUACCUUGAAUCCUGUAGUUUAUGCAUUUAAUGCAGAAUUCCGCAAGGCGUUCUCCAGUCUCUUGGGAUGUGGGAAGUUGUGCUCUCGGAAUACGGUUCAAACGGUUGACCUCAGCAACGAGCUGGUGUCGUACCAUCACGACUCUACGAACCUUCGAGAUGUUCACCUCUUUGGUCACCCCUGUCUGCAUCCGCACGCUGUCAGGGAGGAAAAUGAUAAAGACAUGUGCUUUGACACAGUGUCACAGAUGGAUGAAGUCCCCUAUGAGACUGAAUGUAACUUUGUAUAUGGGGAAAGGCCUGCUAUGCUAAGUCAUGGAGAAACACAACUAUCACUGGAUAAAAUCAUACCAUUUACAAAAGAAGAUGAACACGUGGCUCAGAAUGAAAGCGAAUCUCCUAGCAUCUCUGGAAUACUGUGAUCUGUAAAUAUGUUAG